AUGUUUAGAGGUACAGUGAGAAAGGUGAUACCGCUAGUGGCUUUUGGUAUAGGAUUUGCCACUUUUCCUAAAAGUUUAAGAAAAGAUCAUAUAGAUAUUCGUAAAUUAACCAACAUCAAUCAAUCAGUAAUAGAACAAAUAGAAUCAACAAAAGAAUAUCAAUCACUAGUAAACAAUCCAGAAUUACGACAUUAUACUUCAAGUAAAUCAUUUCCACAACAACAUCACAAUAACUAUGUAAACACUGGUUUAUUAUUUGGACCUGAUUUAAUGGAAAUUGAUCCAAUAGUAUUCAUAAAUGAAAAAACAGGAGAACUAACGAGUUUCUAUCAUUUAGGUGAUAAAUUGAUAAGUCAAGAUGGUCAAAUUCAUAAUGGUAUUAUAUCAACUAUAUUAGAUGAAGGUCUAUGUUCAGCUGGUUUUCCUUUAUUGCCUUCAAAAAAGGGAGUGACUGCAAGUUUAUCAAUUGAUUUCAAAAAUCAAGCUCCUCCUCAAAGUACUGUUGUUUUACAUGCAAAAGUUAAAGAAGCUAAAGGUAGAAAAGUUGUAAUUGGUGGUUAUUUAGAAACCUUACCUUUAAAACCCAAUGAGAAACCUUUAUUGAUUGCUGAAUCAAGUUGUAUAUUGGUUGAACCAAAAUGGUUUAAAUAUUUUUGGUGGUUACAAAUAUAG